GCCGGGCCGGCCCGGGCGCCCGGGGGUUGGGGGGUGGGGGGUGGGGGAGGCCGCCCAGCGCCGAAGCAGGGGCCCGGGUCGAGGGCGCUGCGGGGCUGCGCGCACGCUGGGGCGCGUGGAGGGGCGCGGAGGGCGAGAUGAGUCUGGUAGGGGGCUUCCCCCACCACCCGGUGGUGCACCAUGAAGGCUAUCCGUUCGCCGCUGCCGCCGCCGCCGCUGCCGCCGCCGCCGCCAGCCGCUGCAGCCACGAGGAGAACCCCUACUUCCACGGCUGGCUCAUCGGCCACCCCGAGAUGUCGCCCCCCGACUACAGCAUGGCCCUGUCCUACAGCCCGGAGUAUGCCAGCGGCGCCGCCGGCCUGGACCACUCCCAUUACGGGGGGGUACCGCCGGGCGCCGGGCCCCCGGGCCUGGGGGGGCCGCGCCCGGUGAAGCGCCGGGGCACCGCCAACCGCAAGGAGCGGCGCAGGACUCAGAGCAUCAACAGCGCCUUCGCCGAACUGCGCGAGUGCAUCCCCAACGUGCCUGCGGACACCAAACUCUCCAAGAUCAAGACGCUGCGCCUGGCCACCAGCUACAUCGCCUACCUCAUGGACCUGCUGGCCAAGGACGACCAGAACGGCGAGGCGGAGGCCUUCAAGGCGGAGAUCAAGAAGACAGAUGUGAAAGAAGAGAAGAGGAAGAAGGAGCUGAAUGAAAUCUUGAAAAGCACAGUGAGCAGCAACGACAAGAAAACCAAAGGCCGGACAGGCUGGCCGCAGCACGUCUGGGCCCUGGAACUCAAGCAGUGAGGAGGAGGAGGAGGAGAAGGAGGAGAUGGAGGAGGAGGAGGAGGAGAGCGUGAGUGAGCUGGGGCCCAGGAGCCAGAUGCAGACCCAGGACUCGGGGCAAGCUCUCCGUGCUCGGCUCUGAGGACUACUUGCAUUUGGAAUCAUCCGGUUUAUUUAUGUGCAAUUUGCCUCCCCACUCUUUGCCCCGCUAUGAGGCAUCCGCUCCCCACCUCCCCCUCCAAAAAAUAGUGGAUAUUUGAAGAAAAGCAUUCCAGAUUUUAAUAUGAAGAGGACACUCCCGCGUGGUAAGGGAUCCUGUCGUCUCGUAGAUUCUCUGUGUUUGAAUGUUCCCUCCUGGCUGUAUAGACACCAGCGUGGCCCCCUCCCCACCUACCCAACCGCUUCCAGAUAAAAGACAGCGGACCUUGGUGUGUAUGUGAAGUGUAUCUUUAAUACUUGGCCUUUGGAUAUAAAUAUUCCUGGGGAUUAUAAAGCUUUAUUUCAAAGCAGAAAACGGGGCCGCUAACAUUUCCGUUGGGGUCGGUAUCUAGUGCUGUCUCGUUUCAUCCGUGGUUGUUCCCUAUUCCAAGAUGUUUCCAACAGCUACUUGUUAUGUGCACUUCCGUCCUCUAAAACUAAGUGGAAUUUAAUUAAUAUUGAAGGUGUAAACGUUGUAAGUAUUCAAUAAACCACUGUGUGUUUUUUUUUUACAAAACCCCCAAUCUUUUAAUAGUUGAUACCUCAAAAGAGUUUUGAAAACAAAACUGUUAUAUUUGUUUUCAUAAUAUUUAAAAUAUUCCGAAGUAAACUAAAUUAUGAUUGCCUCUAA